GGCGCCCAUGCCAUGGAGAAGCUGGCGGCGGGGCUGGCCGGCCUGCGCUGGAGCAUGGGCGCCUUCCCGCUCGACCUCAUAGUCAGCCGCUGCCGCCUUCCCACGCUCGCCUGCCUCGGGCCAGGGGAGUAUGCUGAGGGCAUCAGUGAGCGAGACAUCCUGCUCAUACAUUCCUGCCGCCAGUGGACAACAGUGACAGCCCAUACCCUGGAAGAGGGCCAUUACGUCAUUGGACCCAAGAUCGACAUCCCUCUGCAGUACCCAGGGAAGUUCAAGCUCCUGGAACAGACUCGGGAUGUGCGAGAGCCGGCGAGGUACUUCAGCAGCGUGGAGGAGGUGGCCAGUGUCUUCCCUGAUCGAAUUUUUGUGAUGGAAGCCAUCACCUUCAGCGUCAAGGUCGUGUCAGGCGAGUUCAGCGAGGACAGCGAAGUGUACAACUUCACCCUGCACGCGGGUGACGAGCUCACCCUAAUGGGCCAGGCGGAGAUUCUGUGCGCUAAGACCACCAAGGAGCGCUCGCGCUUCACCACGCUCCUGCGAAAGCUGGGCCGCGCGGGGUCUCUGGCCGGAGUGGGUGGCCCAGGAGCCUCCGGAACAGGGGCAGGCGGCGGAGGCACCAGGCCCAUCAAGGGCAAGAUGCCCUGCCUCAUCUGCAUGAACCACCGCACCAACGAGAGCCUGAGUUUACCCUUUCAGUGCCAAGGCCGCUUCAGCACACGCAGCCCGCUGGAACUGCAGAUGCAGGAGGGUGAGCACACAGUGCGCGCCAUCAUCGAGCGCGUGCGGCUGCCGGUGAACGUGCUGGUGCCCAGCCGGCCGCCCCGGAACCCCUACGAUCUGCACCCGGUUCGGGAAGGUCAUUGCUACAAGCUGGUCAGCAUCAUCUCCAAGACCGUAGUGUUGGGGCUGGCGCUGCGCCGCGAGGGACCGGCGCCGCUGCACUUUCUGCUGCUCACCGACAUGCCGCGCUUCACGCUGCCGCAGGGCCUGCUGGCUGGGGACCCGCGCGUCGAGCGCCUGGUGCGCGACAGCGCCUCCUACUGCCGCGAGCGAUUCGACCCCGACGAGUAUUCCACCGCUGUGCGAGAGGCGCCCGCCGAGCUCGCCGACGACUGCGCCAGCCCACGGCGCGCUCGCCUGUGCCUGCCCGCCCCGCGCGUCCCCGGGCCAGCCCGCGCACUCCGCCAGCUAGGCCCCCUGGGCCCGGCGCUCGCGGGCGACGGCGACCAGGAGUACGUGAGCCCAGACUGGGCCGGCGCGCCUGAGCCCGCAGCCCCAGCCGCCGAAAUCCCCUACGAGGAGCUGUGGGCGCACCAGGCGCCCGAGAACCUCGCUGAGGCCCGCGCCCGGCUGCCUCCAGGGCCCGAUCUCAUCUUUCUGGGGCCCCUGGGUACCCCGCGGCGUGAGUCCCAGGCGCCGCCACCUCCCGUCCCUCCCAAAUCCGAGGCGGUGAAGGAGGAGUGCCGCCUGUUGCAUGCUCCUCCUGUACCUCCCCGGGGAAGUGGCAGCUCCAGCAGGCUUUCGGGCAGCCCCCCUGUGCCACCCCGCUUCCCCAAGCUGCAACCUGCCCACUCGCCUAGCUCCAGCCUCUCCUACUACUCCUCUGGCCUGCAGGAUGGGGCAGGCUGUCGCAGCGGCAAUGGCUCACCUUCACCGGAUGCAUAUUCCCUCUAUUGCUACCCUUGCACCUGGGGAGACUGCAAGGCCAGCGAGUCUUCUAGCCACCAGCCCCCAGGACCUUUGCCCUCCACCACCACGCAGCCCAGCCAGGCCUCCCGGGUCCUCUUAGAGCCUUUGAGUAGCCGAGCAGCUCCCCUGUUGGGGGCUGACACCCCCGUGGUCAAGACCUACCAUGGCUGCCCGCCCCUGUUCAAAUCCUCCCAUUCUCCGAAGCGCUUUGCUCCCUUUGGCUCUCUCAACCCUUUCUCAGGGCCCGCCUACCCCUCGGGUGCCCCCGGGGCUGCCUCUUCUGGGUCCACCUCUAACUCUAGUAUGUUGGCUACCUCUAGCCCCUCUCAUUCUUCAGGCACAGCUCUGCAAAGUCAGGCUUGCUCAGCUACUUCGCCUUCCUCCCCAUCGGCUUCUGAGUGGCAAGGGCCCACGCUGGAGCCCUUGGACCCCUUUGAGCUGGGGCAGGCCAGCCCUCCAGAGUCGGAGCUGCUGCGGUCUCAGGAGUCUGGACCCCAUCUUUCACCGCUUGGUCCCCUCAAAGCCUUUGAUCCCGAAGGUUUGAUGCUGAAGCAAGUCCCUACCCCAUUGUUACCAGCUGCUUUGCAGGGGCCUGAGGCAGGACGACUCUUUCUCAGCCAACGGUGCCUGGAAGGGACUACUGCCAGUCCUGGGGAUGGAGCCACAGGUGUGGGAGGCCGGGAUGCUUGCUCCUGGCAGCCUCCAGCGGACCUUUCUGCUCUCUCUCUGGAGGAAGUCUCCCGCAGUCUACGCUUCAUCGGCCUCUCAGAGGACGUGGUGAGCUUCUUUGCCCGAGAACGCAUCGAUGGGAGCAUCUUUGUACAGCUCAGUGAGGACAUCCUAACUGAUGACUUCCACCUCACUAAGCUUCAAGUCAAGAAGAUCAUGCAGUUCAUUAAAGGCUGGCGGCCCAAGAUCUGAACUGUCUAGCCUGAAGCUGGCAACAGAAGCCCUGGGAACUAGGAGUGGGUCUCUGUACUCCCAGAGGCAGUUUCUGCCUGCAGGGAGAAUCCAAAGCUGCUCUUCAGGCGCUGAAUAUUCCAGAGGGACACGCUGGGAACCAUCAUCCUCUGGGGUUAGACCCUACAGGGGGACAUCUUGCCUGUGUACAGAGUAACUAUGGAGGAGGCAACACUGUGCACCUGGCCUGGUGAAAUAUUUGCUGCAGUUCCCACAGGGUGGUGGUGGAAUAAUGUCCCUUGCCCUGCUGCAGUCCUUCCCAGAUACUGUGCACUUCUCAGUUCUGUAGCUACAGAUUAGAGACAAAGGAAGAUGGCCCAUAAUUUAGCACAAAUUCUUUUCCCAAGUGUCCUUUCCUAUGUGCCCUGGUCUUUGGACUGCUGCUGCUGCAGUUAGGGAUGUGAUUUCCAUGUCUGUGGAGCAUCCUUACUUUCCAUGAUUAAGCAUUUGGCCCUGGUUAAUCAGCUAUGUACCUAUGCCACAGAGCCUGAGGUACCUCUUUGGUCUGUCUCCUGGAUAUAGGUAAGCUCUGCUGUGGACUUGUGGAGCUAGGGAGGCAGGCACACCCCAUCUGUUUGUAACACCUUAGCUUCUGCUCUGACCUCACCACAAAUACCCAUCCUUGUGUUCUUUCCUAUGGGACUGAGGAUUGAGCCCCAAGAACAGGCAUAUUCAGGUCAGCUAGUUGUUGAUUCUGGCAGCAAGUGGUGACCAGUCACUCACACUUGUGCUAUCAGCACUUGGAUCUGAUGGACACCUGUUCUGGUUUGAUACCAGCACUGAUGGGCAUGGAUGUGUGUGUAGGGGAUGGGUUAGGAGGCAGGUGGCUGGGGAACUGCUCCUGAACUCAGUCCUGCAUUUGUUCACAUGUUUCAGAGCAGAUCUUUGUGCCCAUUUCAAGCAUGGUGACCUGUGUGGUACCUAGAACUGAGGUAAUUAUGUACAUACCUCAUCUCACUUCAUCCUUCCCUAACCCUCAACCAGCACAUUUCUCACACCCACUGAUGUUAAGGGCCCACUGGUGGCAUUUUUCUUAUUUGCUUUUCCUGGCCUACCUAGAUAUUUAUUUGUGUUUUGUUAGUAGUUGAGCCACUCCUAUGAUCCAGUCAGGCUGGAUCCACGGUGUUUAGGUUCCGAGGGAGGGAGUCAGAUGUGCACAGAAACUGAUGUUAUGAUGGUGGGUUUUCUCACAGGUUUGAUGAAUCCGCAAGGACUAGGGAAAUAAAGGCUAAACCACAGACUAGUGAAAGUGAAACUCUUGAGUGUUAGCUGCUUUCUUCUUUUGGAGUGCCAUGAGGAACCAGAACACAAUGUGUAUGCUUCUGUGUAGGGAAGAACUUUGGAAGGGUGUAUAUAAGUGGCUCAUUCAUACAUCCCCCAGAGGCAGGUUCCUUUUGCAAGCCCUGCAUCUACAUGAACCUUCCAAUUCCCAUUAAUCCACACAAUACACACCUACCUGGUGUUGCUUAGAGGAAAGAUCUAGAAAUCAAAGCUCAAGGCUGCCAGCAGGGGCUUAAGUUUAACCUGCAGAAUGCCAGCUUUGAGGUGCUCAGAUCCAUAGUAGACAUAUGCAUGGCCUUGGUGUAGAGUAUCAAUUCUCUGUCUUCUGAAAACUCCAAAACAACUCAACUUUAGGGUCUGGUGUUCUAGCAAUGAUUAACUGGUUUUUGUUGAAACUGGGGCUAAGCUUCCCCCUGCCUCCCACUCUCCACACCAGAGCUGGGAGCAGGGAAAUAUCCGAAUAAAUAUUUGAGUGGAGGAGAGGCAGGAGUUAUGGGUACUAUCUGGUUUUUAGAAUGCAGAGUGUGAUUGACUUGAAUUAGGAUUCUGCUGCAUACUCAAUAGUUCAGUAGGGAUUCUUCUGAUAGACAUAGAAACCCAGUGCUAUUUACAGGAUUAGUUCCUGCUUCUGCCAGAAGCUAGUGUGAGAACUCUGCACAUGGGAUGGGAGU